UAAUAAACAGCAGAGCGAGAGAGAGACGAAGAAGAAGAGGAAGGAGAAGAAGAAGAGGGCGACCAUGUUGAUUUAAAGGAAGAAGAAACACAAUAGAGGCGAAUUAUUCCAAGAGAAAUUCAGUUUAUUAACGCGAACUGUGGAAGAAAGCAGUGGAUCAACCGCACGCUGAGUUAUCCCUUGUUUAAAAAAACAAAAACAAAAACAAAACAACAAAGAAACUAAAGGUGACAAGUUUGAGUUGUUGGCCGACUUCGAGGAGGCAGCGGGUUGAUCACGGCCACACUCACACACUUCACACACCGACCUGAAGACCUGCGGUGUCCAGGGGAGAGAGGGUCGAACACCUGGAGGAGGAAGAGGAGGCGCGGGAGGAACGGAAAUAAAAAAAAACACACACACACUGAGGACUCAAAAGGGGUGGAAAGCUUUUUUGGCUUCGGACUAGACAACCCCUUGUAUGAUUUGCGAUUUCAGGAUCCGGUUUUUCUCAGACGUGGAGCGACACAUAUCCACACAGUGGAAAUAAAACGGAGAGCAUUAUAGACUAUAUGAUUUCGGGGACAAACUUGUACAAAGUUGGACAUCCUUUUUUUCAAGGACAGGGACAUUGAGCAAACUCGUAUGGACUCAAAAGUGGAAACAGGAAAUAUUGUUCCAUUUAGAAACAGAAGUUUAAGUGUUGAACUAAGAGUAUAUUGAAGCUGAAGCUGUCCCCCAAGUUCAGAUUGCCUUAGUUGUUCUAUUUCAGGACUUGAACCGCUUUGAUACUUGUUCACGUAUAAUUUUUCUAUAUUGUGGGCAAGUAUAUUCAUGCAUAUGAAUGCAAAUUUCUCUUCGUUUUGAAGAGCUCUUGUGUAAAAAAAGAAAAAAAAACGUGUUUUUGUUUUUUGUUGUUGUUGUCGUACGUCAGUCACUCUGUUGCUGAAGGGGACCGAACUGCACGUACAUGUGUAUAUGUAAAUACGACGAAUUGACUUCAGUUGUGGCAAAGCUUUGGACUUAAAAAAAAAAAGAAAAAAGAAGAAUAGAGAAUAUUGUUUGUUAAUGCUUUAUUAAAAACUUUUUUUACUUUUGAAGAGAAUUUUUAAAAAGACAAACCUAAGAGGCAAAAAUCUAAUACUUUGAAGAAAAACAAAAAGGAAAACUAUGGCAACCGCCAGAACAGAAACCGUCGGCCCGGUCGUCAUGGGACUGAACAAGCAGAACGGGCAGCUCAGAGGAGGACCGACCAAACCAGCUUCAGUCCAGCCAGCACCCACAACUCAAGGAAAGUCUUUGGGUGCACCCCAGAUAGCAGGCGGCGCCGCUCAGGACGGAGGAGGCAUCAAGUUCGGAGAUGACUGGAAAAAGAGCCUAAAGCUCCCUCCCAAAGACAACAGGGUCAAAACCUCAGAUGUGACGUCCACUAAGGGGAAUGAAUUUGAAGAUUACUGUCUCAAAAGAGAACUCCUGAUGGGCAUCUUUGAGAUGGGUUGGGAGAAACCUUCCCCUAUCCAGGAGGAGAGCAUUCCCAUCGCCCUGUCUGGACGGGAUAUUCUGGCUCGGGCUAAGAACGGAACAGGAAAAAGUGGAGCUUAUCUCAUCCCGCUGCUGGAGAGGAUAGACCUGAAAAAGGACCACAUACAGGCACUUGUCAUGGUGCCCACUCGUGAGCUGGCACUACAGGUGAGCCAGAUCUCCAUCCAGAUCAGCAAACACCUCGGAGGAGUCAAAGUCAUGGCCACCACGGGGGGCACCAACCUGCGAGAUGACAUCAUGCGCCUGGAUGAGACCGUGCACGUGGUCAUCGCUACACCUGGUAGGAUCCUGGACUUGAUAAAGAAGGGCGUGGCAAAGGUGGACAGAGUCCAGAUGAUGGUGAUGGAUGAGGCGGAUAAGCUGCUGUCUCAGGACUUUGUGGUGCUCAUCGAGGAUAUCAUCAGCUUCCUGGCCAAGAACAGGCAGAUCCUGCUCUACUCUGCAACCUUCCCCAUCAGCGUGCAGAAGUUCAUGGCCAAGCACCUUCAGAAACCCUACGAGAUAAACCUGAUGGAGGAACUGACUCUGAAGGGCAUUACUCAGUACUACGCCUACGUCACAGAGAGGCAAAAAGUCCACUGCCUCAACACACUGUUCUCCAGGCUUCAGAUCAACCAGUCAAUUAUCUUCUGUAACUCCACCCAGAGGGUGGAGCUCUUGGCCAAGAAGAUCACUCAGCUGGGCUACUCCUGCUUCUACAUCCAUGCCAAGAUGAUGCAGGAAUACAGAAAUCGUGUUUUCCACGACUUCAGAAACGGACUGUGCAGAAACCUCGUCUGCACUGAUCUCUUCACCAGAGGUAUCGACAUCCAGGCUGUCAAUGUCGUCAUCAAUUUCGACUUCCCCAAGAAUGCUGAGACUUACCUCCAUCGUAUCGGAAGAUCAGGGAGGUUCGGUCACCUGGGCCUGGCCAUCAACCUGAUCACGUCAGAGGACCGGUUCAACCUGAAGGCCAUCGAAGACCAGCUGGUGACCGACAUCAAGCCCAUUCCAGGCAGCAUCGACAAGAGCCUCUACGUGGCCGAGUUCCACUCGUCCGGCGCCGACUGUGACGUGGAGGAGGUCGAGGAGAAACCAGGACACCAACAUGACAGCACCUAAAAUAGGACAGUCGGACACACCGGGCUUUUGCACAGACAUCAGCGCUUGCACACAGGCUUCAGUUUCACGUUUCUCACUUUGUUUUCAGAGCCUGUCGAACGGAUGUAAAGGCUGUUUUGUUUUUUUGUUUGUUUGUUUUGUUUUAGCUUUUCCUCAGAGAGAGCUGCCUCAUAAUUUUUUUUUUUUAUUUUAACUAACCGAGAAAGUUAAACUGUUUUUGUUUUGCAGCAAACUCACCGUACAUCCUGCGCGUGAGCGCGUUUAUUUUUCAUUUCUCCCCCUGAAAUCAGACGGCAAUGCAAACUGAGCGCUGAAGCUGUUUCCAACCUCGUCGUCCUCGGAGGCGGUUUUCAUUUCCAGCAGCAGUCGGGCCUCUCUUUUUAACGUUACAAUGGUGCACUCACACCAGCCAUCGUUCUGUCCACUUACACUGUUGUUGUCACUUAAGUGCCUUACUCACACCACCACCCCCCCCACCCCCACACCAUGUGCACUCAUCCAUUCAUAAGCCUGCUGUCCCCCGUCGUGCAGCAGAGUACGAGCACAAAUAAAUAUGAAUUUAAUAGUGACCCCGGGUUUAUUUAAAACAUCCAUUAUGCAAGGGAAAAAGACAACACACACACUUCUUCUUCUUCUUCUGCUGCGAGGUGUCGAACACAUCUCAAACUGUUUUAAAAAAAAACAAAAACAUCCUGAAUGUGAACGUUUAUUUUUAAUGUGAACGUUGCAAUAAAAAAAAAAAAGGGCAGCUUUAUUUAAAUACUGCGCGACUGUUUUUCCCUUUUCACUCGAUGACGGCUAAACACACAACGCACCCUCCCUCCCCUCCCUCUCAUGAACUGAUCCACGCCUGCAAACACACAAACAAAACGGGGAAAUGAAGAGCAGCCUCACGGCUGUCUGCUGGCAACUUCUCCCGACCGUCUCUUGUACAUUUAAAAACAUCAUUUCCGGGGCUGGUGACUACUGUAAACCGCUUAAUCGGCCGCUGCAGCUGGUUCAUGAAACGCCGAUCUCCUCUUCCUGCGAGCAGGAACCGAUGCAUCAGAGACCGGGUCGGAACAGCUUCGACGGCCUCGUUUGUCGUUGCUUCAGCUAAUUAAGUAUCGAAGCUUUGUUGCAAAACAAUAGUUUAAUUUUCUUUCUUUUUUCCCCCCUGCACUGGUUCACAUUCUGUCAUUAGAGGAACAAAUCUUUUUUGUUUUUAAAGCCCCAUCAUGUCACAAAAAGUCAAAGUUGGUGAAUGUAUUCGUUGCCAAUGUGUACUCUCUAUUAAUGCCCAGUGGUUGAAUGCCAAGCUCUUAAGUUAUCGCUGCUGCUGCUGCUGUCGUCGGAUUAGAAACUCCUCUCUGGGCUUUUCAUGGACCACGGGGUGAUGAAACCUGCUCGGUCUGUAAAGGACCACCUUCAGUUAGAAACCGUUUUCUUCUUUCAGCAGCAGCAGCGACACUUUUCUUUCUUUUUUGUUUUGUUUCCCCCCUGAGCACGGCUCUGUUUUCUAAUCAUACAAAUGUGAGGAUUUUUUUGUGAGGGGGUGGGCUGUGUUUUUCUUUUUGUUUUGUUGUUUUUAAAGCAAAAUUGUAGCAUCUUUGAACAGGCAGCUGUGACUUCUUUUUGUUUUUUUUUUGUCCUCCCCUUACAGAGCGUCAGUAAUGCUUAAAAAAAAGACAUAAAAAAGAAAGUAUUUUUGCUUUUUAAGGUUUGUUUUUGAUGUUUUUGCUUAAAGCAGUUUGGAGGAGAGAAAAAAAAAUGGGGGAGGGCGCUGUGAGGCUUUAGCACUGGGUAACUUCUGGGGGUUUAUUAUUUUUCCGGGUGGGUUCACGAAGACUUCAACGUCUUGAAUCUUUCCUUCUCUCUCUGGUACUUAAAGCAAAGAUGCAAGCUUUGAUUUUUAAAGUUUCCCCUCAAAAAAAACACACCGAUUUUCUUUAGUUUUCUUUGUGUUUUAAGUGCCAGAGAGAGCGUUAAGUUAUACAGGAGAGAGUUUUCUGGAGAUGCGUCGAAGCACUGUGAUCUUCUCGAACCGCUUUCCAUGUUUUGUGUGACGGACGAUCAAAGUGCUACGAUUUGUUUUGCAGCAACUCGAUCCAGUUUUUUCCUUUUUCUUUUUUUCCACUAGGGCAAUCUUUAAUACGAGGUGUUAUGAAUCAUUUUGAGGAAACAAAAAAAAAAUUGUAAAUGAUUCAUUGUUUACACUAGUCGUUUACAAUUAUACAACAAGUUAAAAAAAAAAAGAAAAUACUUUGCUUCAUGGGCGGAGGAGGAGGAGGAGGAGGUCGGAUUAUUUUUGUUUCCUUUUUUUUCCUUGAAAUAGAUUUUCAGGAUUUACAUUGAAGCAAAACCAAAAAAGGAGAAUGUCGUGCGAGUGUGUGAAUGAAAGAGAGAGUGAGUGUGUCGGUCGGUGUGAGUGAUCAGGUGUAUGUAUGAAUGUUUGAACAAGGUGUGUGUGUGAGAGAGUGACGUAUGUCUGAAGCUGUGACAGGCUGCGUUUUUUUGUUAAAGAGUCGUCACGUUUACACACAGCUCGUCUUCUGGGGGGGAAAUUAGACACCAGAGCCAACGCGGGUACUCGUUAGCAUCCCGUUAACGAGCUGCAUGUAAGCGUGCAUCUUAUUUUUUUUUUCUUUUCUUUGUGUUUUCAUGUGCAGACGUGUUUUUGUUGGCGGUGUACGAUGUCUUAAAUAUCAGUAUGGAUGUUUACAGUUGUCAGGGAUGUGACUUUUUUUUUUGUUGUUCUUAGUUUUUUUCCAUCUCCCGCUUCCUCCAGAAGUUUGUGGACAUGAAUUUAAUUUCUAUUGACACAUUUUCUGUUUUGUUUGUUUUUGUUUUAUGUACCUGAUCACAUCCCUGACCUUCAUUCCAUGAUCUCCUUUGUGACCCGGCAGAGAUUUAAACGCACAUUUAAAGCAGAACCUCUCCUCAGUGUUCGUAUUAAAACAUCUCUCUUCAUUAACUAAAUAUCCGACAACAUCUCAGACUGGAAUUGUCUUCGAAUGCUCAGCCGUUUAAAGAAAAACUCCCCUUUUUGUUACAACUUUUGUA